UGACGUAAAUCGCGCUCCUUUCUGUCAUGUAAUUAUGACCUCACAGUUACAUGAACGAAAUAAAUUAGUCGCUGGUGUUGCUGGAGUUUCUGCGUCUUGAAAAAGCUGCUAAAAGAAACUUGAAAAAAGAUUAAAUUCAACAAUGGAAAACGACGCUAAAAUUAAAGGAAGAAAAAGCAGUGAAUUUCUUAUCGAUGGAGCAGUCAGUCAGAUAGCUCUUCGGCGAUUCUCUGAUUGGAAUACUUCAGGAACAGGGUUGGCUUCUAGUAAAAAAGUGAGAAAGGAUAUCGAAUUCUAUGAUUACAUUUCCAACAUAACUCAAAAAUCAUUGUUCAAUGGCAUCAUCAUGUCGACAAUUUUAAUCAACGCCCUGUUCAUGGCGCUGGAGACAGACUAUGACCUGAAAUACAAACUCUACGGCUUUUUUGAGAUAGUAGACGAGCUUUUUCUGGCCAUUUACACCAUGGAGUUCUUGAUGAAGGUGUAUGUGGAGCCCAAGGGAUAUUGGAAGAGCGCGUACAACGUGUUUGAUGCCUUUAUUCUGACCGUGUCCUUCAUUCCACUAUUCAUCAGCGGGACAGGGAUGCGCUCCCUAAGCUCCCUGCGCAUGCUCCGCGCGGCUCGCUCCUUGAGAGUGCUUAAGACAGUCUCCUUUAUUCGGGGUUUGCAGGCUCUGAUUUCAGCGCUGUUCAAGACCCUGAAGAGUGUGGUGUAUGUCCUGGUAUUGCUCUUUCUCCUUAUGUUUAUCUUCGCAAUAAUUGGAUAUUACUUCUUCGGGGAUCCUGUUACUGGAGACCCUCAAAACUGGGGUGACCUGGGAGCUGCCCUCUUCACACUCUUCAGUUUAGUAACUGUUGAUGGCUGGACAGAUCUGCAGAAACGCCUGGAUGAUUUGGGCUUUACUUCCAGUCGGGCUUUUACGAUCGUUUUCAUUUUGCUUGGAUAUUUCAUUUUCUUUAACAUGUUCAUUGGAGUGGUCAUAAUGGAAAUUCACCAUUCGACAAAGAGCUUUGAGAAGGAGGUACAGAGUGAACGAGAAGCCUCACUCACGCAGAAGAAGCAGGCAAUCCUGCAGAGGCAGCAGGAGGAAGUCAGACAGCUCAUUCAAAGCCACACAAGCAACGACCAUAAAGAUUUCAGCAUGCUGGUGGAGCAGUUCAAAAAAUCGUUGCGGCGCACUGAUUACAUGGUUAUGGAAGAUCUUUGUACAAGCAUGUCAUUCAUAGAUAUCUACUUAGCAUCUCUGGAUCAUCAGGACAAUACUUUAAAUAGGUUGCAGCAGCUUUAUUUUGAAACUGCCUUUGUAUUGAGUCAGAUUGUGGAAGAGGACUUGCGUCAAGCAAAGGGGGAGAAAAAGGCAAAAAUCCUUGAGGAUAAAUGAACAAACUAGUGGAAUCCUGAAGAAGUUGAACCUCUGUUUUCACAGAAGCAAAUAAAAGCAGCAGUUGUCAUUUGUGUUACUUUGGGUUGGCGUGCAAAAUGUGCACUGGGAACUAGAAUCUGUUAGUCCCGCAAUCACUUAUUAACGCAUCACAUUAUAUAAUGUAUUAAAUUGCGCUAUUUGACUAUCAGAGUGAUUUUGUGUACCCACCACAGCAAGCUGGUAAUGUAAUAUAUCGAAUACAGUACAUUUACAUAGAA